UUUCAAAAUGACCCCCAGCUGUAAACUAAAAAUUGGAUCUACUGCUAUUAUACGCUCUACUUUACACAUGAGUUAACUUUGCAAAUGGAACUUUUCCGAGAUGUAAUUGGCAUUGAGGAAUGCACCAACAUAUUUAAACCCUCUCUCCACCUCUCUGAAACCCAGUAGGUCAUCAAUUAAAGUACUUGGAUAAAUUCUAUUUAAUCCUUGGCACUGCUCAAAACUGGAGACAACUUCCUAGCCUGCAAGCUCAGCAAGAAUGGAGAACAUCUAGUGGAUUUUCUGGGGGUCAUAAGAAAUCAAGGAGAUUUUAUUUAUUUUUUUUAAAUAAAGACGAUAAAGACACCAAAAUGUCUUUGGGCUCUUUGAGGGAGCCGAAGCAAAUCCCUGGGACGGAAGAAGAAAUGAAGAGUACAGUGGGGAGCUUUUUAGGGAAACUGCAACGAAAAUUAGAUGGCAGCAAUGUAGAAGAGGAAAACCACAUUGAACUCACGGAGGAUGGGCGUCCAGUGGCAUCCACAUCUCGUCCUGCUCCUCUGCUUGACUGCAGCUGUGGCGGUCUGCCCAAGCGCUACAUAAUCGCAAUACUCAGUGGUCUAGGCUUCUGCAUCUCCUUUGGUAUCCGUUGUAACCUCGGUGUUGCAAUUGUGGAGAUGGUUAAUAACAACACCGUAUAUGUUAAUGGAACUGAAGUACUUCAGAAAGCUGAGUUCAACUGGGACCCAGAGACAGUUGGACUUAUCCAUGGCUCCUUCUUCUGGGGCUACAUCGUCACUCAAAUUCCUGGUGGUUUCAUCUCAAACAAGCUGUCCGCUAACAGGGUGUUCGGAGCUGCCAUUUUCUUGACGUCAGUAUUGAAUAUGUUUAUCCCUUCUGCAGCAAGGGUGCACUAUGGCUGCGUCAUGUUUGUUCGCAUCCUGCAGGGCUUAGUUGAGGGUGUCACUUACCCAGCGUGCCAUGGGAUGUGGUCGAAAUGGGCCCCACCACUUGAACGCAGUCGACUUGCUACAACUUCCUUCUGCGGAUCCUAUGCAGGAGCUGUGAUUGCCAUGCCUUUGGCUGGUGUGAUGGUUCAAUACAUUGGGUGGCCAUCAGUCUUUUACAUCUAUGGUUUUUUUGGAAUCUUGUGGUACGCCCUGUGGCUUGUAUUGGCCUACGGAAGUCCUGCAGUGCACCCAACCAUCACGGAUGAGGAAAGGACAUACAUUGAGUCCAGCAUCGGUGAAACAAUCCACCACCUGAGUGUAACUCAGAAAUUCAAGACACCGUGGCGUCGUUUCUUCACCUCCAUGCCAGUCUACGCAAUCAUCGUGGCCAACUUCUGCCGCAGCUGGACUUUCUACCUUCUUCUUAUCAGCCAGCCUGCAUAUUUUGAAGAGGUCUUUGGAUUCCCCAUAAGCAAGGUGGGUAUCCUGUCUGCUGUGCCCCACAUGGUGAUGACUGUGGUUGUUCCAAUCGGAGGACAGCUGGCGGACUUCCUGCGGAGUAACAAAAUCAUGACAACUACUAAUGUGAGGAAACUCAUGAACUGUGGAGGCUUUGGUAUGGAAGCUACUCUCCUAUUGGUGGUUGGCUUUUCACACACCCGCGCUGUGGCCAUCUCCUUCCUGGUGCUUGCUGUAGGCUUUAGUGGUUUUGCCAUCUCAGGUUUUAAUGUCAAUCAUCUGGACAUUGCGCCACGCUAUGCCAGCAUUCUGAUGGGCAUUUCCAAUGGGGUGGGAACACUCUCUGGAAUGGUGUGUCCUUUGAUUGUUGGGGCACUGACCAUACACAAGACCCGUCUUGAGUGGCAGAAUGUCUUUGUUAUCGCAUCCAUGGUGCACUACACAGGGGUCAUCUUCUAUGCCAUAUUUGCUUCGGGUGAACAGCAGGACUGGGCCAACCCUGAGAGUACCAGUGAGGAGAAAUGUGACUUUGUCGAAGAAGAUGAGCUCGCUGAAGAGUCUGAGCUCAAUAGCGACGGCACAUCUCUCAAAAUGAGUUACGGAACAACAGAUAAUACGUCGGGUCGGAAACAAGGCUGGAAAGUGAAGAGAGGGGUUACCAUGCAAGAGGAGGAAGAACAUGGUUCAAACGGAAGCUACCACAAUGGAUACCAGUGAGCAGCCCUGUGGGAACAAGGACUUGAACACUUUGGUCCAUAUUCAUUAAUGAACUGAUGGAUAUAAAUUAGAAAUGUAAAGUAAACAAAAUUACAUCUAGUAAUAUACAAAUGGGAGUUUUGCAGUGAUGGCUUGUCUUUGAAGGCAAUUCAAAUGCUAAAAUGUAUAAUUAAUUCAGAAAUCAAUUGUGUCGUCAAAUGUCAAGUGUCACCUAUGCAAUAUGCAGUCUGGUUUUGAUCGCAAACCAUAGAUAGUGAGUUAAUCCUUGAAGCAUUUAAUCCAUCCCUAUUUAUUGUCCAGUAUUUUGUCAAUUUUUCUUAUAACAUACAGUAUAAACUCAUCUCCACGGUUGACAAACAAAAACUUUUGUUGAUGUUGAUGUUGGAGGAUGUUGUACAGAGGUUAGGUCAAUGUAAUAAACACAUUUUUAU